AUGGAGAAAAUAACUGUCCAUGUGUAUGAGGGAGACAUCCUCAAGUUAGAUGUUGAUUGUAUUGUUAAUGCAGCCAACGACAAGCUUCAACAUGCAGGAGGAGUUGCAAGUGCCAUCGCUAGAAAGGCAGGCAAUCUGUUAACUCAAGAAAGCAAUGAAUCAAUAUUUGGUGUUCCACUUGAUCUUUGCGUUGUUGAAUACAGACAGGCUGUCUUCGAUUUUAGCAGAACAACAUCAGCAAAACUGGAGGAAAUCCAUUUUGUUGAUAUCAAAGCAAAUGUCGUUAAAAGUAUACAAGAUGAAUUUUGCAAUCUCCAGCAACCUGUUGAUGAAAAAAGAUUUCGACAAUAUAAGCUCAAUAAGCACAGGUCGUUUGAAUCCAGUUUGGAACGGAAGCCAAGACAUAGUUCCGAUAAUGAAAACAGUGGUAUGAAAUUCAAGAAAGAAAAUCACACAACUGUCGCUUUGAUAAAUGAACCUUUCCAUAAAUUGGAAAUACUGCAGGGAGAUUUAUCUGCUAUAGAUACGGAUGCAGUGGUUUUAACCAUUGAUGAAAACGGAAAACCUCGCAAAUUAACCAAACAUAUUCAAGGCAAAGUUAAUGCAAACACAUCUUAUUAUGAAGAAGUCCGCUUUAAACAGCGAUUUAACAACACAACUGGCAAUGUGAUUGCAACACGCGGCUGUAACUCAAAGUACAAGGCCAUAUUGCAUGUGAUACUACCUUGCAAUCUUAAGUACAAAGAAAGUAAAGAAAAGGUAGAUGAUUUACGGACGGCAUACACUCACAUUUUCGAUAAAAUGUUUAAAGAUGCGCAGCUGAGAAAGAUCACCACUGUGCUACUUGGAAAAAAGGAGUUUGAAGCAACGAGGACUGCAAUUCUUGAAGAUCCUCUUCGUGAAACACACAGCCAUAAUGAAACAGAUUUGAACAAGGAUACCCCUUUCGCACAAAGUGCCCUGGAAAAUGAAGAUGAGGAUUGUGUCAUAUGUAUGGAUACAGUGAAAGACCCUUAUCCCCUCAAGUGUGGAAACAUGUUCUGCAAAGAAUGCAUUUUGAAGCAGUUUGAGUUUAAAAAGGUCUGUCCAAUGUGUGGACAUGUCUGUGGCAGUAUAGAAGGCAACCAACCUACCGGUAAAAUGAUUGUGUCCAAAGAAAGUGGUAAUUGCCAUGGUUAUUGGAAUUGUGGAAGCAUUUUGAUGAGAUACGAAUUCCCAGAUGGGAAACAACAGGAAGGUCACCCAAAUCCUGGAACCUCUUAUAGGGGGAUAAGGCGAACUGGGUAUUUGCCUGACAAUGCUGCUGGAAAGACCAUUUGUCGAAUGAUGAAAAUUGCUUUUAAAAGAAAGCUGGUUUUCACCAUUAGGAAUUCCCGGACCACGGGUCGAGAGGGAGUUAUAACUUGGAAUGAUAUACACCACAAGACAGACCCGAAGCCAAAUACAAAUAUUUACAAAUAUGACGAGCAAACUGAGCAGAUUGUUUAUAUCGGCAAGCAAACGAGGCCACGUGCAGACGCAUCACGUGGGCAUGGGAACUACCGCACCGAUGAUGGACAUCGAUUGGUCGGAAGUCAGCGCGGUAACGGUAGCGUUGACAACGGUCAGUCACAUGACGGAUACCAACCGAUCGAGGACUACCGAUGA